AUGCCGGCAGCCCCCGGGCUGACGGUUGAGCUUUUUGUCGACAAUGUUGUUUGCGUUCUUACGAAUGUGGAUUUAUCUUACCGCGGGAAGAGCCUCGCGGUGGGGGGCCGCAUGCUCACGAGCGCCGCGGUGAGUGCGGACGGGAGCGCGUUCACCUUAACACACGCCGUGGAGAAAGAAAUCGAAGGGGAAAAAGGGGAAAAAGGGGAAAAGGGGAAAGGCAAAGAAGCGAAACGGAAAGGGAAGCUCCGCGCGGCCGGGCAGCUUGAUGCACAUCGUGCGAUCGCCCUUGACUUCAUCACGCGCGCCGCGCGGCCGGAUCUUCUCGUCGGGAACGUUUUCAUGGCGAACUCCGAGAGGUUAAAGGGCUACGAGGACGCGUGGGAGGUGGCCGGGGCGCCCCCGACGGAGGCGCGCACGACGAACACCUUAUCCUCUCACUGGCGCGAUCACGAGACGAAUUACUACUACUUCGUCCCGACCGCGGGAAAAGCGUGUCGGGGUAAAACUGGGGAAGCCCACCCUGACGAUGCUUCCACUAUUAUGACCUCGACGGAUGCGAGGGUGGGGGUGCCCAUUCCACUCUCCUCGCGGUAUUCCAAGGAUGGCGCCUGGGAGCUCCCACGCGCGCCGUCGUUUCCUUUUCAUUCGUCCGUCUCGACGUCGUGGGAGGAGACCGAUCGCUGGGUGGGGCUUCAGCAGGAGGUGGACUUCCGGCAAGGGCGGGGAGGGGAGUCCUUCUCCACCCUCGGCGUGCCGGAGAUCGCGGGGAGGUUUCAGCGGUGUUUUCUGCGUUCGCAAGCGUGGGGGAAUCGUCGUUUUCGUGUGUUUCCCCGCGGGCGGCGUUGCCGGGUGGUGGUGCUGCGGCCACUUGUGGAGGUGGCGAUCGGGCCGUUUGAGGCGGCGUGGCAUGCCACCAAACACCCCUCCCCCCCUUCUCAUUCUUUUCGUCGAGGUCGCUUUCCACAAACGCGGAAGGAUUCGUGCGCGACGGAAAUGAAAGGGGAGGGAUUAGACGCCUCGAACAACCCCACCAAGACACUCGCUUCUGCGGAGGGGAAGACUGAGGUCGAAGGGGAAUCGAGCGGCGAGUUGACGGACUCUUCCUCGCGCAAGGUGUCAUGCUCGCUUUCUGACCAGUACCCUCUCUUGACCUUAUUGUACUAG